CAACUUCAUUUCGUGUUAUGCUGGUAUUCUUGACAACUUGAUAGGGGUUGUGGAAAGCACCACCUCGAUCAUGGAUGCUAUUUGAAUAGCAUGCCCCGGAGUGACACGUCAUCUGACAGCCACUCCUGGUAUGGGGACAAAAAUUCCCUCAGAAAAAGCAAUGUUUGCCGCUGAUGCCAAUUGUCAGUGGGCGAAAGAAACGAGACAGUCCUAUCGACCUACUUAGCGCGUGAACCCCGCGUGCGGCUGAGCCAACACACAAUCGAUCGCGCCCGACAGCUGGGUUUAAACACCGGGACAUGCCCUCCCGGGGCAACUGGAGUCUAACACCUGCUAUGCAAUGGCCAAGUUAUGGUCAACGUGCGGAGCAAAUAUGCAUCGGUUGAAAGAAAAAAUUUCACGCCGGUUGCAUCAUUUUCGACAUGAAGAGCCCGCUGGCGACAAUCAGUUCACAUCACCGGACUGCAAGCGAAGUGACCCCAUUAGACCUGCAAAGAAGCCCCUACGGAAGAGGAGUGGGCCUGUGUCGAGUGAGGUAUCAAUUACGAACAGGAAUCAGCACGCAGAAGCUGUACCUCGAAGCCCGACAGAGAAAAAAAGGUGGCUUUUAACCAGCGACACCCUGGGUGAGGUCAGCAGUGUCAAAGGUGAAAAUAAAAUCCCCCAUUCCAGCUUGCCCGAAUUUCCGAAAGAGCUGGACAGCGACGAGGGAGUAUCUCGAAAUUUCUGGAAGGAAGCAUUUGAGAAGCUCUCUCCGGACACACAAGAUGGUCUUCGAAAACGGGGUUAUGAACCGAGUUUGAACACAAAUCCAGGAGAUCUGGACAAUCUGCUCAACGAUCUCCGAAAGAAGGUGGAGCUCUGUGAUAAGAAAAGGUGGGUAUACAAAGGUAAAUUCGUGCGAGACUACGCGGCCAAAUGCGCGACGUUAGUUCAAGGCAUCGGGGAUCUUGUCGUUCCGUUCGCACCAUCACAAGCUGCAGGGCCGUGGGGGUUAAUAAAAGUGGCUUUGAAGGUCCCUAUAGAGUAUGAUAGUACAAUGUUUGCCUUGCUUGGGACCGUAGACCGGGUUCUACAUGCCAUUAUUCGUGGCAGACAAUAUGAGUCCGCCUAUGGAACCGAAAACAGUGAUAUUGUCGACACCCUACGCGGAGACCUGGUAAAUGUUUACUGGGCUGUCUUGAAAUUGUUGAGCUACAGCAUUGAGAGGCUGUCAGAACCGACUGGGGCAAGAAUCCUGGCCACGAUGCUCGACAACGGCUCGGGACAUUUCUCGGAUCUGACAGCGAAAGAAAAAGAGCUCGCUGAUACUGCUCGGGCAUGCAGUGCAGCGCAAGGUGAAAAGGCAACACAGCACCUACAGGACAUCCAAGGGCACCUACCCCGCAUAGAGACCCAAGUUGUCGAGUGCCUGGCGAAGCUUGGACAACGAGAGGCUAUCGACAUCUUGGACUGGGCUUCCACUGUUAAACAUAAGGCUCAUCAUGAUAAUGUGCGCAACAAUCGGACACCAGGCACGGGUGACUGGCUGUUACGAAAAGUUGAAUUCCGAGAUUGGGAAGAGAGCAGUUCUUCGGCAGUAUUAUGGUUGCGAGGAUCUCCGGGCGUAGGGAAAACCUUCCUUACUUCGAGAGUUAUCGAUCACAUCCAAGAUAACUUAGCAAGAACGCCCAACGACGAAGGUUUUGCCUAUUUCUACUGCAACCGCAACGAGGACACUCGAACACGACCCCUUGCCGUAGCGCGGAGCUACGUGCGUCAGCUAUCAUCUCCCGCCAGUAAGACCAAAUCAAGCAAGACCAAUUCGUGGCACAUACAAUCUGCACUUCAAUCCACUUACGAGGAAUUACGUAUGAAAGGUGCAGAUCUUGACAUGAAGUGCUGCACGGAAUUAAUUACAGAAUCCCUGAACCUCUAUCCUCGUACCACAUUGGUGUUGGAUGCUUUCGACGAAUGUGACCCUAGUUCGCGUGGUAAACUCCUUGAGCUUUUCGAGAAAUUGCUCUCUAGCAGUAUAAGGCCGGCCAAACUAUUCAUUGCAAGCCGUCCUGAUGCGGAUGUUCAACAGGAAGUUCGCUCGCAUCCAAACAUCGAGGUUCGGGCGACCGAUAACCAGCAUGAUAUUCAGGCCUACAUCAACCAAGAGAUGCUAACGCUGAUCAAAAAGGACAGCGUAUUCUGCGAUCUCCAGGAGAAAAUCAAGUCAACUUUGUCAGCGAAAAGUCAAGGAAUGUUUCAAUGGACCUACCUGCAACUCAAACAGCUCGAGAGAUGCAUCUCUCCCGAAGCUAUACUGGAGUGUCUGGAGACACUCCCCGAAACUAUCGACGAUACGUACGAAGUACUCCUGGAGGAAAUAGAGAAGAAGCCUUCCCACGACCGAGAUCUCGCGCUACGCGCUUUGAAGUGGGUUCUAGCCGCACGAGAACCGCUUUCACGUGGAGAUCUUCUCGAGGCAGUCCGCAUUAACCCUGACAGUGAAACGUUAGAGUUGUGUAACCCGGUUAGCGACGAUGCAUUGUUGGCAUUGUGUCGCAAUUUCCUGGUCAUCGAUUCUGAGCGGGACGUAUGGAGAAUAUCACAUUUAUCGGUCGCUGAGUAUUUCGAGCUACGUCGCAGCUGGACUACUGCAAUCACCGACUUGAUGGUUGGCAAAGCGUGUUUGCUAUUUAUGAGCGAUACCUGUUCGGAUGACACCAUGUUCAAUCCUGAUGCCAGAGGUUCCGACAGCAAGCCUGCAAAAUCCUACUUCACACGACCAUUUCUCUACUACGUCUUCUGUUUUUGGCCGGAACAUAUCGCUACCUUACACCCUGCCAGCGUUCCGGAAGAGGACCUGUCUUUUGUCGUGGGACUCCUGGAGAAGUUUCUCGGUGCUCCGCAGGAUAGCAGCGCGCGAUACCGGGCUUGGGCCCGGUGCUUUAAUAAACCAUUACGGCCUGUCCAAUACUCUAUUCUGGCUGUGUGUCGAUACGGACUCCCAGUAUCGGACCGAUGGUGGAAUAGGGGCGAGCUAGAUAUGACCUGUACUAAUGAUGAGGGUGAUACCUGCAUGCUUCUAGCUGCAAUGAUUGGCCACAUCCCAAUUAUGCGUAUUCUUCUGGCGAAAGGUGGCACUCUUGGCCCACAAGGAAGCUAUUGGGCAUUAGAAUCGGCACUCUACAGAGAAGACUCCGAUACGUUGCGUUUCUUGGCCUGCGAAGCCCACGUAGACGUCAACAUAAAUUUUCGAUACGAAUUCUGGCGUUGUGUACUGAUCGCUGCAGCGAAUAUGAAUUGGUUGGAGGGCGUGAAAAUUUUAGUGGAACAGUGCGGAGCGGAUAUUAGUCUGGUUCGGUACCCCGGGGCUUAUGGCAUGACCCUGAGACGUUUUGUUCCAUUUAUCGGUUACCCUGAAGCAGAGGCAGCGGAGUAUUUGGUAAAAGCUCAGCAAGCCAAUGUGAGUGUGUCCAUUCGGGCCGGUCAUUACGGAAAUUUGUCGUUGGCCGCGGGCUUUGCAGAUGUUCAAUGUGUCCAGUACUUUCUCGAGGUCGAAAGGUUUAAUGUCAAUAAACCUGUCCGGUCUUUCAAGAAUCAUAAUUAUUAUACAGCAUUGGAUGUUGUGGCACUUUAUGUGAGGAAAACAGUCACUGUGGGCCGGUAUGGCUACGUUGAGUUGAGGGAGAUUGUCCGAAUUCUACUCGCAGCAGGAGCCUUGGUUGUCCUAGAUGUGAGAGACGGUGAGAUUGUGGAUGCACUUGAAGUAUUGCAUCGGGGUCGUCAGAGCAGACCGAGGCGUGAGAGUGCAGAUGAUGACAGUGAUUCCAGCAGGGAUAUCAAUGGCGAUGAUGAGGCUGAAGAUGGUUUAUUCGACGACGACGAUGCAGAUGACGAACAUGCCAAGCAAGUCAAAGCAUACGCGAGGGACACGUUUGCUGAUCUGCAGAGGGCGAUGCGGCAGCAAUAUGAAAGUGGCGCACUUGGUGUAGAAGAAACCAAAUAUGUGGAAGCUGUGUACUACGGUCAAGCGAAGGCACAAACAUCCUAAACAGAAUUUCUUAUGGAUAUGCUUGGUUGCAGGCUAGACGAGAUAGAAUUGCACUUUGG